UUAGGCACGUGGACAAUAGAAAAUCUACCAAAUUUAUGUCAAUGAUAAUCUUAGUUAGGAGAAUAGGAGUAGACAAUGAUAGGCCUUCUUUUUUGGUAUUUAUGGUUAGGGAUAUUCCCAAGUGAAUUUGUGUGCAUUGAGACUAAGUUAUCUCUCUCAGCAAUAUUAAUCCAACCCUAAUCGAUAAGAAAAGGUUUCCAUCUUUAUCGUCAAGAUCAAUUCUGUUGCUGUAUUUGUCUAGUGGCCUAUGAUGGUGGCUGAUUAACGAUGAAGCAUGGAAGUCCUUCCUUUUAAGAAACGAAAAACCCAUCACAUUACCCAAGAAACUGCAAAAAUGCAAUCAUUCCCACAAGUGGGGAAAUGAGGAAAAAAUUAUUAUAAAUGCGUACAAGACUCUGUUCAGAAAAUCAAAAGAGUAUUAUGUGACAAGGUUUCUUAGAAACACAGCAACAUAGCCAACCCCUUUAAAAUAAAAAUCAUUCAUUCCCAGUCAUCUGCAUGUCCUGAAAAAACACCCCAGCUGAAGGGGAAAAAAAAAAAGAAGGAAAAGAAAGUCUUAGAAUGGCUUCUUUUUGCACAGAUACUCUCUUCACCCUCUAUUUCAUCCUGUUCCCAUCAAUUUUCUUCAUUUCUCAAGGAGUUUUCUACGAAGAGUUAGCCCAAGGCAUAGCUAUAAAGCGUGAAGAAAAGACCACACACCUCCAUUUCUACUUCCAUGAUAUUGUUGGUGGAAAGAAUUCUACUGUUGUAAGAAUUGCUGGACCCCCAAAUAGCAGCAUUGCUAACUUUGGCAAUACAAUGAUGAUGGAUGAUCCAUUGACAGAAGGGCCUGAGAUUACUUCCAAGCUGAUUGGAAAAGCUCAGGGAUUGUAUGCCAUAGCUGCCCAGAAUGAUUUUUCGCUGUUAAUGGUUGUGAAUUAUGUGUUUACAGAGGGUGACUAUAAUGGAAGCAGCAUUAGCAUUCUUGGGAGGAACCACAUCUUUGAUGAUGUGAGAGAGAUGCCUGUUGUUGGAGGCAGUGGGGCUUUUAGGCUUGCUCAUGGCUAUGCAUUGGCACAUACUGUUCAGAUUGAUAUGGAGACUGGGGAUGCUACUGUUGAAUAUAAUAUCUAUGUAACACACUUUUGAAAGAUUUCAUGCUGCAUACAACACGUUGUUGUUGUUGAUUAUGUUGUUCUGUUUUUUAAGUUAGUUGUGCUUCUUCCAUUUUUAUUUGUAGUCUUAAAAUUCCUGAAUAGAUGAGAAAUUUUCCUUAAUUUUUGCAA